AUGACAGCAUUCUGCGAAGACUGCGGUGUGACGCGAUCCGAUGUCGACGAGGUCAUCUCGAAACGCCGCGGUCGCAAGUUCACUCACCUCGAAUGGUCGGUGUUCGAGUCAGUGUUCGCUGCCUCUGACUUUCGAAAGUUUUACGGCUGCAUUCCGGCUUCAGCCUUGUCCAAGGAUCUGAGAGACACGCUGAACUGGAACGAUGAUAAUCGCAUCAUGAUGAGAACGAUCAGGUCAUUCAUUACGCAGAGUCAAUUGGAGUUUGAAGAAGAAAAACGCCGCUGGCAGAAGGAAGACAUGGACUUUAGAGAAGCCAUAAUCGCCAGCCUGGCAGAGAAAGAGCGUUUGGAAGCAGAGAAUCGCUACGAAGAAGAACUGCUUGAAAAGGCGCUACGGUUGUCAUUACAACAAGAAGCUCAUAAAAUGUCUUUCGAAGAGGAUUCGCUGUUUACUCACUCUGAUGAGCCGUUCUUCGUUGAGACAACGUCAGCAAAGACAAAAAACGAAAAGCAUCCCCAAGUUCCAGCGUCAGUGAAAAACACCCUCGUUCCUGUCAGAGAGGCUAGAAAAUCUAACUUGGAUGACAUAACAGACUUGCUUCAGCGUGUAAAGCCUAAACAAGCGAAUGAAUCGACCGUCUCCAACGACGAUCCACAGGAACAGCCUGAAAAAGCAUUUUUGAAAGGAAAUGAACCGAAAUUUUCCGAAGAAGAGGUUCGAAGACGCCAGGAAUACUUGGAGAAGCUUAGAGACCAGUUGGUAAAAGCGAAACAAGAAUCGAGACAACGGAAAUUUUCGGAACUCGAACAGAAAGAUCGCUCAAACCGCCCAAGAACGAUGAGAGCAGCCAGGAACAUACUGGGCAAUGAAGAACCUAACAUAGGCGAAUCAGACGAUUUGGCAGAAAGAAGGGCCAUCAUGGCAAAGCUGAAAAGCGAAAUUAGUGGCCUUGCUGACGCAGUAAAAAAGUGA